AAAAAAAACCAACGCGGGUUUGGUUGGAGACAGCGGCUUCAAAAAAAAAAAGUAACCACCCUCCCAUCUACUUUCUCAUCUUGCUGCUUUCCAGCGGGGGAAAUACUCGUCCCCCCGGAAUUCAUGACGUUUGCUUUCUUUCCCCGACGGCAUUCUUCGUGCUGCCCGCUGGGAUUUCUAACUGGUAGCUGGCGGAUUUAUAGCCCCCACGGUGCGAAAUGAACGUCUCGGGUAGAAACGACGUUUUUCUGCAACGUUCGGCUGUGGCCUCCCUGACGACCCCCCCCCCCCCUCCCCGGCCCUGAAAAAUCCUCUGGCGAGGCUGAGGACCGACAGCCUUCGUGACACCUCUGAUAGGCGAAACUUUCCUUGGCAGGCGAGGCGGGAGCACCUGCGGGGGUGGGAGCCCCAAAAUGAAGGAAACGCGGGAUUAUUCCGGCUUUUUGGGCGCGGAAAGGAGCAAGCGGGCAGGUUACAGCCUUGAGACGAAGCCGGAGGCGCGUGUCGCCUGUCAGGUGACGAUGGCAGUGCUGUUCAUAGCUCUGCUCGUCACCGCCGUCACUUUUGCAGCGCAGGCUUUUCAGCCUCGUCCCCAACCCUGUUUUCGGUGUCCGUUUGACUGGAUCGGGUACAGAGGAAAAUGCUACCAUUUUUCGGAGGCUGAGGGGAACUGGACAUCCAGCCAGGACAACUGCUCGGCACUCGGUGCUUCCUUGGCCGUGCUCGACAGCGUGGAGGACUUGAGCUUUGUGAUGAGAUAUAAAGGCAUCUCGGAGCAUUGGGUCGGCCUUUCACGUGAAGAUGAGGAGCAACCGUGGAAAUGGGUGAACCGCUCACGCUUAUCUCACCCGUUUUGGAUCCGCGGCGACGGCCUCUGCGCCUACCUGAACGACAACGGGCUCAGCUCCUCCCGCUGCAGCACCGAGAGGAGCUGGGUUUGCAACAAGCCCGAGCUGCAGAGCCCAAGCAAGGGCAACGGGACGAGACGGGCUCAAAACCUUUGCAUCAGCUCCUAAGGGGCUGCAGGGAGUGCUCCUCAAACCCAAAUACCUUGUGCACGAUUGAGAAACAAAAGAA